ACGGAGCAAAAGGCGGAGCUUCAGAAAUUGAGUCGUCUUACUUCCAGACGGUGAAAAUGACUUCUGUGGCAAAAAACAUGAUUGGGGAAAUCUAUUCUACAGCCAACAAUGGCGACCAGAGCGAGCAGCUGAGAUUUGUUGUGCUUGAAUACAUAAACGGCCAAAUUGACGUGACUGUAGUCUUCAGACAGACGGAGCUGGACGGCAAAGAUGUCUUCACAUUUUUCCAGAGUCUUCUGGAGCCCAAACGGGCGCGUUUCAUCCUGUACGACUGUCAUUUUCAAACCAAAGACUCCAGGAGGAGAAAGGAGCUCAUUUUGGUGACAUGGAUCCCCCAGUCUGCUGCGUCCGACCAGCUGUCAGCGUGCAUCAUACUGAGGAAGCCGUUUCACGGGCUGCUGCCAGGUAUCAAACUUGAAAUGCAACUGAAGGAACCAGUUUCCAGGAAUUACUUUGGACAACAGCUUGGAAAAGAUGUCAUCAGAGUUGAAGAAAAAGACAUUUCUACCUGAAAUAAAACACAAACUGUCUUUUACUUUUGGUUUCAGAGCACCUUCUUUCAGUUUGGACAGUUUCUAGACCCAUUACUGUUUAGGAAAAGACUUCCAGACACAAAAUUAUAAUUUUUCCUGUUUUUCUCUCUCUCAAAAACCUGGCUUUAUUGGCGUCAUCAUCAUCAUCUGUGUCUGUGGAAUCAUGAAGAAAGCCCUUCUAAAGCCACAACAUUGUUUGGUGUGAUCCAACAUGAAGUCUGCCUCUCUCUUGUUCUUGUUGCCUUAUUUUCCUAAAAGUUCAUUUUUUUCUUUUGCAUCUUUGUUUGUGUUUGGUUUAGUUACACAAACUUGAAGUUAUUGUUCAGCCAAACUGUUAAUCAGUCUUCAUCGUGUUCAGUCUCAGGGUUUUAGCCGCUCCGUGCCGGAUCAGACCUUUUUAACAUUGUGUACUCUUCGGUUUUCAUUUUCAUGUUCUGACACUUUCAAGUUUAACUUUUUGGAUUUUUAAGUCGUAUGAAAUUAUGAAAGUUUCUGUUCUGUAUUUUUGGUUCUUCCAAAAUAUCUUUCCUGGACAGAA